UAGGUGGCCUCAACUUGAUUAAUCUUCACUCAUGGAAUAAGGCUGCUAUUGCUAAACAUUGUUGGGACCUAGAGCAUAAACAGGAUAAGCUGUGGAUUAAGUGGGUGCACUCUUACUAUAUUAAAAGAACUCCUUUCCAAGAAGUGAUCAUUUCCCAACAAGCUUGUUGGAUGGUAAAGAAAAUUUUGGAGGCUAGACAAGUUUAUUCACAGUUUCAGCCCAUAGUCUUGCAGAACAAAAGUAUGAUCAGGCAACUAUACUUUCACUUGUUUCGGCCCCAACAGAGAGUUCCAUGGAAGUGCUUGAUGUUUCAAAACUUUGCCAGGCCAAAGGCAGUCUUCACUAUGUGGUUGCAGCUGCAAAACAGACUAAACACCACGGAUAGACUCAAAAAAUGGGGACUAGAUAUAGAGCUGAAGUGUGUUUUGUGCCAACUUCAUUUUGAAUUUAGAGAUCAUAUGUAUACAAGUUGUCCUUACAGUCAACAGGUUUGGAGCAAGUUAUUACAAUGGAUUCAAUUUGUACAAGCUCCUUACAACAAUUGGAGCCAAUAUGUCUUGGGAAUCAUUGAUGCCGCAAAAGGGAAAACUCCAACUGCCCAAAUUUUUAAGUUGGUAUAUACUGAGUAUGUCUAUGCGAUUUGGAUUGAGAGGAACCACAGAAUCUUUGAGAAGGAUAGCAGAACUUGGGAAUCUCUUGCCAGGGAGAUUGCUUAUAUUUGUUGUGUUAGGGCCAGCUAGAAAACUAUGCAAGCCAUUCAUCAGUUUGCAUUUUAGAUUGCUAGCUUAGUUUUCCUUUGUUCUAGUUGUCUCUGUUUUUUUUUAGAAUAGCAAGUUGGGUUUG